GUGGACGACCAGAUGAAGCUUCUGCAGAACUGCUGGAGCGAGCUCCUCAUCCUGGACCACGUGUUCCGGCAGGUGAUGCACGCCAAGGAGGGCUCCAUCCUGUUAGUCACCGGCCAGCAGGUGGACUAUGCAGUGAUCGCGUCACAGGCCGGAGCCACCCUCAACAACCUGUUGGGCCACGCCCAGGAGCUGGUGGCCAAGCUGCGCUCGCUGCAGCUCGACCAACGGGAGUUCGUCUGCCUCAAGUUCCUGGUCCUCUUCAGCAUGGACGUGAAGAACCUGGAGAACUUCCACCUGGUAGAGAGCGUCCAGGAGCAGGUCAACGCGGCGCUGCUGGACUACGUCAUGUGCAACUACCCGCAGCAGACGGACAAGUUCGGCCAGCUGCUCCUCCGGCUGCCUGAGAUCCGGGCCAUCAGCCUGCAGGCCGAAGAAUACCUUUACUACAAGCACCUGAACGGAGACGUGCCCUGCAACAACCUGCUCAUCGAGAUGCUCCACGCCAAGAGGGCUUAGGAGGGGACUGUGCUACCCAUAAUGCAGCUUGUGCGGACGCCAGGAGAGUUUUGCCGCGGCACAAAAAACUCUUUUAACCAAUGAACCUAGCAGCUCUGACUUUGGCUGGGCGCUGACCCGGAGGACAAAGAGCGAGUGGGUUAGAAACUCUUGUUUAUAUUGAACUAUUGAAGUUCCGAUGUGGACGGACACACGUGCACAGAGUAUGAUAAUGUGCAGAAAAACAGCAUGUGGAUCCCUUUAUUCUAAAAAACUUAAAAAUGAAAAACAUUAAAAAAAAGGAGGAGCCGCUUCUGAACCCCACAGAAAAAGACAGUACUAAAAUAAAAGGGGAAAAAAAGAACUAAACACUGCAUUUGCAUUUACACCACGAGAUGGCAUCUCAUCGUCUGCACGAGCACGGACUAUCACGACUGGCAGGCAGCGGCCAAGAGAAACAACGACUCUCGUGUGUUUGAGCACCGGUGACGCAGCAGGAGGCUUUUUUCUGCUCAUCUUUCACGCAGCUCCGUGACCGGAGUGGUGGCCGAGCUCCGGUCACUGGUCCUCGGCUUGGAGCUGUUGCUGGUACUGUACAGACAAACUGGAGCCUCAGACUCUUUCCCACCAUCGUCGUCGUCGUUUUCUUUUUUUUGCCACGGCAGCUUGACCUGACUGAAAAGACUGAGAGCUGAUGGUAAAAAGAAAAAGAAAAAAGAAAAGGUCUAAAAACUGAAUAUUUAAUGAACAAAAUGAUAAAUAGGCCAAUAAAAAAAAGUACAAUGUUCCUUUUUUUCCUCUUGUAAUGAAGUCAUUUGCUAGUCAUGGUCACCUUGUGGUUCACCCCCACCCCCCCCAACCUUUCUUACUCCGCCUGCCCCCGAAGUCAUCUUACACUAUGUACCUCAGAACGACCAGUGUUAAAUAAAUUCAGUUCAUAACGUCGGCUGAAACAAUUGUAUUUAUAACCCAUUUCUCCUGCUAACCCCCCCCCCCCUCCUCUUUUCAUUAUUUCAUUAAAACUGGAACAAAACAAAAGUGAGAUUGUGGAGACGGAGAAGGAUCGACCCUGCCUUUGUCCGGAAAGACCAAAGCCUGCUGCAGAACAGAAGGAAAUGACAAAUACCUUAAUAAUCAGUAUUAUAAAAAGAAGAAGAAAAACAAAACAAAAAAAAAGAUUUGUGAUGUCACAGUUCUGUGAGUCUUGCCUUAUUUCAUCACCAUGCUAGCUAACCGUGCAGAUGUGAAUGAAAAUAUGUACAAAUAUAUAUAUAAAGUAAUAAUGUUGUAAAAAAUUUAAAAAAGAAUAAUUCACCAGGUGUUUACAUUCAUGUGGUAAUAUGGGAGAGAACUGUGAUGAAGCAUAAAUUGCAAAGCAAUGAUUUCCUACAAAAUGAAAUCAACUAAUUGAAAAAAAAGAAAAAAAAAGAUGAUCCCUCUGGUUUGCUUUCUUUGAUGUGUGUACAGUGUUUUAUUAUUAUUAUUUUUUAUUUGUUUUGAGCAGUACUUAAAUUAUGUCGUGAGACACUAAAAUCAAAAAGGAAUCACUUAAGAAUAUUAAUUUCCAUCUGUGUCUGCUGGCAUUCGAACAUCUGUUUCUUGAACGUUGCUGUGUAAGGGUUCCAUUUCACGUUCAACGUUUUUGUAGCCUCUUUUCAUUUUUUACAGUGCUUUUACCUUUUUGAUGUACAGUAUGUCACUGGUUACGCUUAUAAAUGAAGGUAAUUUAUUGCGUCUCUGAGUUCCCAUCUUCGUGUUACAUGACGUGAGGUGUCCGCGCCAAAAUAAAUUUGUUUACUGUA